GCUGAAAAACUUGAAAUCAUUCCGUCAAGGCUAUGGACUAACAGAGGCAACAUUCGCCGUUACAAUAGCUGAUAAGGAGAAUCAAAAACCAGGAUCAUGUGGUAAGGUUGGAACGUUUAUGACAUGCAAAGUAAGAGAUCCAGAAACUGGAAAGAGCCUGGGGCCUAAUCAAACAGGCGAACUGUGCUGCAAAGGACCGUUUAUCAUGAUGGGGUAUUAUAAUGACGAAAAAGCAACGAGAGAGACUUUUACUUCUGACGGAUGGUUAAAAACUGGCGAUUUAGGAUACUAUGAUGAAGAAGGAAAUUUUUAUAUAGUGGACAGGCUCAAAGAAUUAAUUAAAUAUAAAGGAUAUCAGGUAGCUCCAGCUGAAUUGGAGGCACUUUUACUGAAUCAUCCAAAGGUUCGUGACGUAGGAGUAGUUGGGCUACCAGAUGAACUAUCAGGGGAACUACCAUUAGCUUUUGUCGUAAAAAAAGAAGGACUAGAUGUUACAGAAGAUGAAUUGCAGAAAUAUGUUAGCA